CGCGGGUGAGUGGCGGGCCUUAGCUCCGCCCCGGCCGUCCGCUGCGCUGCCUGGGUCGGCGCCGUUUCCAGUUGAGAGAUGGCGGCCGCCGCAGGUAGAUCGCUCCUGCUGCUCCUCUCCUCCCGAGGCGGCGGCGGGGGCGCCGGCGGCUGCGGAGCGCUGACUGCCGGCUGCUUCCCCGGGCUGGGCGUCAGCCGCCACCGGCAGCAGCAGCACCACCGGACGGUGCACCAGAGGCUCUCUUCCUGGCAGAAUUUGGGAGUUGUUUAUUGCAGUACUGUUGUGCCCUCUGAUGAUGUGACAGUGGUGUAUCAAAAUGGGCUACCUGUGAUAUCUGUGAGGCUACCAUCCCGGCGUGAACGCUGCCAAUUCACACUCAAACCUAUUUCAGACUCUGUCGGUGUGUUUUUACGACAACUACAAGAAGAGGAUCGGGGAAUUGACAGAGUUGCAAUCUAUUCACCAGAUGGCGUUCGAGUUGCUGCCUCAACAGGAAUAGACCUCCUACUUCUUGAUGACUUUAAGCUGGUCAUUAAUGACUUAACGUAUCAUGUACGACCACCAAAGAGAGACCUCUUAAGCCACGAAAAUGCAGCAACACUGAACGAUGUAAAGACACUCGUCCAGCAGCUGUACACCACACUGUGCAUCGAGCAGCACCAGUUAAACAAGGAAAGGGAGCUUAUUGAAAGAUUAGAGGAUCUCAAAGAGCAACUGGCUCCCCUGGAAAAGGUACGAAUUGAGAUUAGCAGAAAAGCUGAGAAGAGGACCACUUUGGUGCUAUGGGGUGGACUUGCCUACAUGGCCACACAGUUUGGCAUUUUGGCCCGGCUCACCUGGUGGGAAUAUUCCUGGGACAUCAUGGAGCCAGUCACCUACUUUAUCACUUAUGGAAGUGCCAUGGCAAUGUAUGCAUAUUUUGUAAUGACACGUCAGGAAUACGUUUAUCCAGAAGCCAGAGACAGACAAUACUUAUUAUUUUUCCAUAAAGGAGCCAAAAAGUCACGUUUUGACCUAGAGAAAUAUAAUCAACUCAAGGAUGCAAUUGCUCAGGCAGAAAUGGACCUUAAGAGACUGAGAGACCCAUUACAAGUACAUCUGCCCCUUCGACAAAUUGGUGAAAAAGAUUGAUCUGCAAAGAGCCUCUGAAUCCUGGCAGAAAGAACACCUGUUUAUAACUCUUGCCUUUUUAAUUAAAGCAUUGCAGGUGGAAGCUGGGAGCCAUGUCAGGGUAGAGGGUUUUUACCUUUAAUUAAAAAACAAAAACAAAAAGGAUCAUAGGGAAGAAGGGAAUGUUAAAAUCUGAGGAUCAGGCUUUGUGGAGUAUAAGCUCAAAGGGCUUAGUGACUAUUGUCUUAAUCAAGCAUCUUAGUUUCCGGAUGAAAAUGAUGCAUUAUAUAGUUGAGAGAUUCAUAAAGAGAAAAGGAUGCUGGGGGUGUUCCUUUCUUGCAUCUUCUUUGCAGGGUCAGCAAAACAGUAACACACCAGCACCCCACUCAGCUCUAAUUUUUUUUUAAUUUAACUUUUCUUAUUUUUGACAUAAGAGUAAAUAAAUAUACCAGAAAAGCAAAUUCUCAAGAUAUGUGGGUGGCAAACAGAGUCUGAGCCCGUGUCAUUAGCAUUUAUUUUAAAUUGGACCCAGUCUCGAGUUACCGGGAAUCUCUCCUAUUUGUGCCCCUUUCUGACCACCCACUCCUGUUGGUUACACUAAUUUUAUCCAUAUGAUAGUUGGAGCCAACUUACGACUGUUUGAUAAUUGACACUUUGGAUUAUCCCAUAAUACCUUCUUAAAUGUCUGUAUAUUCCAGUGUCUGGAUCAGUAUCUAGGAAUCAUUGGCAACACUGCAUGAGGUUGUUUUGUUUCGUUUUGUUUUGUUUUUUACUAAUUAAUCUUUAAAAGGAGGCCGAAUUUCCCUCCUUUAUUUAACUAUCCUAUUGAUAUUCCUCUGUCCCUCCACAACUCAAAUCAGAGGGUUGGUGGGGGGUGGGGGGGUGUUCAGCUGUAUUACCAAAUCAGGAAGAUGUAAGGUUUACAAAUUGGCUAAAAAUCAUGGCUCUCUAGCCAUUUCAGAACCAGAAUAAUUUCAGUGCUGUUAGUCUGCUUGUGUGACAGCAUUCCAGCCCACCCAGGUGGCGCUGCCCUGUCUGGAGACUUUGUUAAUCUUCAAGGACACACACUUCCCAGCUGUUUGUGAGCCCUCCCACCUCCACCACUUCAAUAGUUGUAAAUCAAGUGUGUGGAUCUCAAAGGGUGCAAUUUAUCUUUAUACAGGAAUACAUUUCUAUGGCUUCCUUCCACCUAUCCUCUUCACCCUAUUUUUUCUUAUCUUAAAUUGAGAGAAGGAAGAAGUAAUCUUAUACUCUAUCAAAAUAUUUUCUACCAUAUUUCCAGAUGACAUCUGCAUUUAAAGAGUCAAAGGAAUCUGUGUCUAAUAUCCUGUUUUGAACUAUGGUGGGGGCAGGAUGGAAAGGAUGAUGAAGCUGCCACACAGCCGAUUGGCUUUUUCUCUCACAUGGUUCAUCCCUCCUCAUUGUGGCAAGGAGUUUUCUUCCUCAUUUUCUUCCUCCUUUGGGAUCAUUGUGUAUGAAAAGAAACACUUUAGGUGACAAACCCAGACUCCAGGUGCCUUGCAGAGGUCGCAGGCCAGCCAGGACCGCCGCUGCUGCCGCCACCACACCCGCAUGUUGGAACGAAAGGGCGCAUGUCCCCCCUCCUUCCCCCAAGUCAUUCAGCCCCUCCCCUCAUUUAUUUUUGUUAAGUUAUGCGCAUUAUUUUUAAAUCAUUAUCCUGUUUGUGUGCAGGGUUUUUAAGAAGAAACAGCACAGUGCAAUGUACAAAUCCUUUCAGGGUGUGUGGGAGGCAAGGGAGGGAAGAUGUGGAAAAAAGUCCUUUAAACAAAUAGCAAAAUGUUGAACAUGUGUAAAAUCCUGUAUCAUUUAUGAAAUAUGUAUAAAAAGCAAUGUACCUUCUGGAACAAUAAAUACUUAUUCAAUUUUUGAA